GGACAACGGGCGAUGGGAGACAACAAGAGUUCCAUAGACUAUUGUGGUGAGCUGCUGUCCCAAGAUUGAGUCACUUAGUCCAGUUCCAAACGAGUAUCGACCGUCUUUACUCCCUAUCACCCAUCUCUCGCUAGCGCACGCGGACUACUCUCGCUAUUCGCACCGCACCAAUCCCACCACGAACUGUUUUCACCACCGCAUAACCAGGCCAAACAUCGACUUCCCCAACACCCAACAUGGAGCAGUAUUCAUAUGAAGACGUCACACCCGUCAACAUUAAUCUGGAGGAGCCUCAACUAUGCCAGAUCCUCUACGACGAUGAGUACAAGAGCGUGAUGGGCAUCUUACUAGCCCUCCUCAAGCAGAACGAAUACUCAGAACGGGCCCUCUACAUCACCGAAUUGGGUCUCGAGUUGUUGGCAUCUCACUACACCAUCUGGGUCUACAGGUAUAGGAUCUUGACGCAUUUGAAGCGGGACUUGGUUGCCGAAUUGGACUGGUGUGAACAGAUCGCUCUUGAAAACGAAAAGAACUACCAGAUCUGGAACUACAGACAAUUGAUCAUCAACAAGAUCUUGGAGGAUCCCUCCAACACUUACGAUCCGCAUCGGGAGGGGCCCCUUAUCAAUGCCAUGUUGGAGGAAGAUACCAAGAACCACCACGUCUGGUCCUACCGCAAGUGGUUGGUCGAGAAAUUCGGAUUGUACCAGGACCCUAAGGAACUAGAGUUCGUGGAAGCUUGCUUAUUGUUAGACCUCAGAAAUAACUCGGCCUGGAGCCACCGGUUUUUCCUCAAGUUUGGAGCAAAUAACAUCACGGAAGCCCAGUUAAAAGCAGAAAUUGAUUAUACUAAAUUGUUGAUAGAAAAGGCCCCCCAGAAUCCUUCGGCUUGGAACUACUUGCUUGGGAUUUUUCACAAGAGUUCCAGGUCUUUGGCUGAGUUGCAACCAUUUUGUGAAAAAUUGGCAGAUUAUAAUAACGAAGACGUAAAAAGCUCAUAUGCAUUGGAGACGCUUGCAAAAAUUUACAACGAGCAACAGAAGCGAGAGGAGUCUGGAAAAAUCUACGACUUGCUUGGGGAUAGAUACGAUCCUAUCAGAAGAAACUACUGGAGAUAUGAAAAGUCACGGAUUCAAGCCAAUUAAACAGUGCUCGACCAUAGCUUCAGGAGUUGCGUAAAAUGAAAACUCCAAUGAGAAGCUCUUGUGCAUUAGCUUAUUGUAUUAACGAUUUUAGUUCAUGAAAGAAUUUUGUAGUCAGUUUUGAAAGUAGGAUGUGAGAUGAAUGGAGGGAAGAAUG